CUUUCUUUUUCUGUCAAUUUGUUUGUUUUAUUCUACGCCUGAAAAGAAGUCCUAUUUAUGCUUAGUCACCACACACUACUUCCUUCACGCGAAAAUCCUUCCUUUGCAAUCUCUGUGUGCAAAAAUCUCUCAGAUACUUCCUCUCUAUCUCUCUCCUUUUCUCCUUUAUAGCCUCAUUGUUCUGUAGCUGCUCUGCCUUUCUGUGUCUUCUUUAUUUCUCGGGUCAUGUGAUUGCGCCUCAUAAACACUCUUCUCUUCCGCUUUUAAAAGUUCUUACAUUGCUGCUUUAAAGAAUCUCUUUUGCAUAAUGUAAUAUUGAUUACAGUGUUCUCACUGCUUCCUUUUUCUGGUUUAUUAAUGCCCAUUUGCUCAAUAGUCUAUUGAAUCAGUUUCUUCAAUUUCAAAUCAUGGGUUCUCGUUAAUUCGUCUUCUUAAGACAUCUAUGUAAAAUUUUGUGUGUAUUUUUGCUUUUUUCUGCUGAAUUCUGUUGAUGCCCAUUUGCUUCAAACUGUUUUAAAAAGUUGAAAAUGCUGAGCUUGGGUUUUCGUUAAUUUGGUGCUUUAAUUUUUCUCUAAGCCUCGAAAGUCUUGAGCCUGACCAGGAUUUUGACUAUUUUUGGUAUUUGCAAAUUGUAACAUGUAAUUUGAAUCCAUUUUUAUGUUAGUUUCCCUUUUGAAGGGUCUUAGUUUCUUGAGAACGAAGUAAAAAGUUAGUGUUAAUGGAUCUCAAUUUCAUUGAAUUUGAACGCUGAUAAGGUCUGAGGAUAUGGAUAAUAUCUCUUCUUUCCGGUAGUUUAUACUGUUGUAUUUCAUAAUGGAUUCUGUUCGCUAAUUUACUUCAUUUUUUAACUGAAAAUGGAAUUUAAGUGAUUUGAUUCUUUGCUAACUGAUUCUUUUUUCAUUCACAGCAAAUAUACCGAAAUCAUUCUUUAUAUAUUCCUUGAAAUGUAAAAUCCUUCAACUCUAUACAUUUACCUACAAAAUUUUAUACUACUAAAAAUGUCCAGUUUAGGAUUAUAUUCCUGUUUUUCUCUGUGGUUCUUCUGCCUAUAGAUUCUUAUUUAGCAUCACCUAUGCAAGCUUAGUUACCAUAUUGGCCUCUCGAGUACUUAAUCUGGGUUAAAUUUGUGAGUUUGUGUUUACCUUAGUUUUUUGUUGAACAAGGACAAAAAUAUAUGUAAUUCCGUGUUAUUAACUAUAAUUUUGAGCUAUCAUGGAGGAAACAUUUGUUCCCUUCCGUGGGAUAAAAAAUGAUCUCAAAGGAAGGCUUUUGUGCUACAAGCAGGAUUGGUCAGGUGGUUUCCGCGCGGGUAUCAGGAUCCUCGCUCCAACAACAUAUAUAUUCUUUGCUUCAGCAAUUCCAGUCAUAUCUUUUGGGGAACAGCUUGAGAGAAAUACAGAUGGAUCUUUGACUGCAGUGCAAACUCUUGCUUCAACAGCACUUUGUGGCAUCAUCCAUUCACUUGUCGGAGGACAACCUUUGCUCAUCCUAGGAGUUGCUGAGCCAACAGUGUUGAUGUAUACAUUUAUGUUCAAUUUUGCUAAGGACAGGAAGGAUUUGGGGCCAAAGCUCUUUUUAGCCUGGACAGGAUGGGUGUGUGUGUGGACAGCCCUGUUGCUUUUUUUGCUAGCAAUAUUGGGUGCCUGCUCUAUAAUCAACAGAUUCACACGUGUUGCUGGUGAAUUAUUUGGUCUGCUUAUUGCAAUGCUGUUUAUGCAACAGGCCAUAAGGGGAGUUGUUGAGGAGUUUGGCAUACCCCAAAGGGAAAAUCCUAAUCAGACUGCACUUCAACAUUCUUGGCGAUUUGGCAAUGGAAUGUUUGCGCUUGUACUGUCCUUUGGCCUUCUUUGGACUGCACUGAGGAGCCGUACAGCUAGGUCCUGGCGCUAUGGGACAGGUUGGCUACGAGGAUUUAUUGCAGAUUAUGGAGUUCCGCUUAUGGUGCUUGUAUGGACUGCAGUAUCUUACAUACCAGUUAAAGAUGUUCCAAGAGGGGUUCCGAGGCGGCUUUUCAGUCCAAAUCCAUGGUCUUCCGGUGCAUACUCAAAUUGGACUGUUAUCAAGGAAAUGACUAAUGUGCCUGCUUUGUACAUAGUUGGAGCAUUUAUUCCUGCAACCAUGAUUGCUGUUCUUUACUAUUUUGAUCACAGUGUUGCAUCCCAACUUGCACAGCAAAAGGAGUUUAAUUUGAAGAAACCAUCUUCCUAUCAUUAUGACCUUCUUCUUUUGGGAUUUUUGGUUAUUUUAUGUGGUCUCAUUGGCAUUCCCCCUUCAAAUGGUGUCAUUCCUCAAUCGCCAAUGCAUACAAAAAGCUUAGCUACCUUGAAGCAUCAGCUUUUGCGAAAUAAGCUUGUCUCAACAGCCCGAAACAGUAUGCGCAAAAAUGCAAAUCUGGGUCAAUUGUACCGAAACAUGCAAGAAGCCUACAAUGAAAUGCAGACUCCUUUAGUCUAUCAAUUGCCAUCUGCCCUGGGACUGAAAGAGCUGAAAGAAUCAACAGUCCAACUGGCCUCAAGUACUGGCUACAUUGAUGCCCCUGUGGAUGAGACUACUGUUUUUGAUGUUGAUAAAGAUGUGGAUGAUCUUUUACCUGUGGAAGUCAAAGAACAACGACUUAGCAAUCUCCUUCAAGCAUUGAUGGUAUGUGGCUGUAUUGCUGCUAUGCCUCUCCUGAAGAAGAUCCCAACUUCAGUUCUCUGGGGAUAUUUUGCUUUUAUGGCCAUUGAAAGCUUGCCAGGAAACCAGUUUUGGGAGCGAAUAUUAUUACUUUUUACUGCUCCCAGUCGGAGAUACAAGGUGUUGGAGGAAUGUCAUGCAACUUUUAUUGAGACAGUGCCCUUCAAAACAAUUGCCAUCUUCACCUUGUUCCAGACAGUUUACCUGCUUUUGUGCUUUGGCAUAACAUGGAUCCCAUUAGCUGGGGUCCUUUUUCCAUUGUUGAUUAUGCUUCUGGUCCCAGUAAGGCAGUAUCUGCUCCCUAAAUUUUUCAAAGGAGCCCAUCUUCAAGACUUGGAUGCUGCAGAAUAUGAGGAAGCUCCUGCUGUAUCUUACAACCUAACAUUUGAAGAUCAGGAUCCUCAACCAAGAGCAUCUAAUUUUGAUGGGGGAGAAAUACUCGAUGAAAUUAUCACAAGAAGCCGAGGUGAGAUUCGCCGUACACAAAGUCCAAAAGUGACAAGUUCAACUCCAGAUUCAUUGCAUGAUAUAAAACCCGUAUAUAGUCCACGGAUUUCACAAAGGGCAUACAGUCCUCGUGUUAGUGAACUGAGAGCAGAUUGGAGCCCUCAACUUACAGGGAGGGGAACUGAAAUAAAGAGAACACCCAGUCCAGGACCAUCUAGCCUUGGUCAAAGUACCCGUGGUUCAUCUUCAAGCUUUACUACAUAAUUCUGGUGAGUUUAGUUGUCAAUGUGCUCGAGAGGUCUUUCAUAAGAGUAUGUAAGCAAGUGUUAUAUGUUAUUGGUGUGUGUUUGUAUUCUUGGUUCUAACAAUAGGAGGUUUGUGAGUGUGUAUUGCUCUGUAUCUCCCAUAUAGUCUGGGCAGUCACAUUUAUGUUAAUGACAAUAUGUGCAUUAUACUAUCAUCUUAUUGGCUGAAA